CGUGGGUUUUGGUGAAAAUUGUUAGCGUGGGUUUAUUGUUAAUUUUCUACUGGACGGACUGAAAGCUGUGAAAGAUAUUAAAUAUUUGUCACAGCAUGGUAAAGAAAAAGUUCGUCCAGCUAUACAAUUAGAAAAGGAAUCCAGACAAAUAAGUGUCUUAUCGACUGGUCGUGCCAUAGAGGUGGUCAAACAGCUCGCGACAGUAAACGACACGGUCUCCGACGGAGGUGGGGUCGGCGUUUUCCAGCUCGGCAAUUCCACGGUUGUAAGAAAUAAUAAGAAAACCAAGAAGUAAGAAAAAUAGUAAAACUGUUGGCAAUUCCACGGUUGUAAGAAAUAAUAAGAAAACCAAGAAAUAAGAAAAAUAGUAAAACUGUUGUCAAUUCCACGGUUGCAAGAAAUAAUAAGAAAACCAAGAAAUAAGAAAAAUAGUAAAACUGUGUCCCAAGAUGUCGCAGCAGUACAGUUUGAGGUGGAACAACCACCAGCCGAACUUCAUCUCAAUGUUCACGACGUUGUUGAACACGCAAACUUUGGUUGAUGUCACCCUCGCGGCCGAGGGGAAACAUCUGCAGGCCCACAAAGUGGUCUUGUCUGCCUGCAGCACAUAUUUUCAGGCACUGUUUAUGGACAACCCGUCUCGGCAUCCGAUCGUGAUCCUGAAAGAUGUCACUUUCGCAGAUUUGCGAACAAUGGUCGAUUUUAUGUAUUAUGGAGAAGUUAACGUCACGGAGGAACAGCUCCCACAGGUGCUGGACACAGCAAAGACAUUAAAGAUUAAGGGUCUGACGGAGAUGCCGGACUCGACGCUACUGACGCGGUCGCAGGGCACGUCCGCGGACUUCCCCACCGACUCCGCCGACUCGCAGCGUCACGCCGCCUCGCCAAGCAUCUCGCCGAGGCGGAAACGGGGACGAAGGAGGAGUUCGGCAGGCUCGGGGCAGAUGGUGGAAGAAGAGGGCCGCGAGGAGUCCGGCCCAUCGGUGGAUGUGGUGCGGGGCGAAGCGAUCACCUUAAGCUCGGUGCCGCAGCGGCGCAGCCGGGAGUAUCACGACGACAGGGCCGUCGACGGUUCACAACAAACGGCCGAAGGACAAAAUUUAAACUUGGAACAAUUGGGAAUGGAGGGGGGAGGAAUGGCUCAAGGAGGACAGUGGAGUAUGAUGGAGCAUACGUACCCGCGGUACUCGAAUGCGUGCUUGGGUAGCAGUCUGCAGGGCGAGGCGAUGUACAUGAACAACAUGAGCCAGCAUAUGAACGCGGGGCUGAGCGAGUACGGGCAGGCGCUGGGCGUUGGUGGCGUGGGCGGAGUGGGUGGCGUGGCAGGCCCCUCGCCAGGACCCAGCUGCGUGGCGGACGCUGCCGCCGCACCCGAGCAGCCGCCGCAGCAGCAGCAGAAGCGCCGCCGCGCCACCAACCCGCAGUCCGAGGAAAACUUCCAGCGCGCUCUCGAGGCCGUGCGCUUCGGCGGCAUAGGCUUUUGCAAGGCCGCGCGCCUUUUCGGCGUCAACAACCGCACAUUGUGGCUUGAAUAUAAAAAGAAGGGCUACCCCAACAACCGGCCGAGCAUUAAGAGCCGCAUCAAACGUGAACGCACGACGCCGCCCCCGCCGAGGGACCUCGUCAAGGAUGACGUACCGCAACAGGAGCAGCAGAUGGCGCUCAUCUGCCCACCGCACCCCGUGCCCGUAAACUACAUUGACUCCCGGCCCGUCGACUUCCCGCUGCAAGGCAUGGCCCACAACUCGCCCCUCAACAUCCUCGGGGUCAACUUCACCUCAACCUCGAUGCAAUAGAACGCGGCAUGCGGCGCGCCCGCCGACGAGUCCUACUCGUUGUGACCCGAGUGGCCCGGCGCGGAGUUCGCCCCCGCGCCGCCCUCGCCGCCGCGCCCGCAGCCACGGUACGACGUGUAUAUGCACAUGUCCUUGUAAAUAUUAGUUACCUCGUCCAGUAUUAACGCAUACACGUACGCACUCGCCAGGGUAGCUGCUACCAAACUAUACACAUACUAUUACAGCUACUGCUCUACUAGUAUGUGUACAGUUUGGCAGCGACGGCACAUGAACUUAUCAAGGUGACAGUUCAAGUGGAGGAUUAUGCCAUAAUCAUUAAUGUAUAUGUAGAUCUCAAUAGGUGUAAACUAAUUGGUGUUUGAUAAAACAGCUUUUUUUAUUUUUGCACAACUAGUUGCUGUAAAGAGUUUGAAAUGUGAUAGCGAAUUUAUAUCGUAGUGUAUAUGUUACGGCUAAUACCCGAAGUGCGGCUACACCUAGUUUUAGCCGGUUAGAACUAGGUGUAGCCAUUUACUCUUGGUUAAACCUAGUACGAGCCGAUUGUUUCCGGUUAAAACUAGGUCUAGCCUUCAUCAUGCCGGCUACAACUCGGUCCAGCCAUUCCUUGUUGGAUAAAACUAGGUCUAUCCGAUAUAAUUCCGGCUAGAACUAAGUCCAGCGUCGCGCUCGCGCGCCUCUGCCGCCCGCCACCUGUACACCCGCGUUUGCCCUUGCGCUUUGAGUUUAGUACGCGUUGUGCCGUUGUACAAAUGGUGUGACGCGGGGCGGAAGGCUUGGCGGGACACGCAAUUAAGUUUUAUCUAAUGGAAUUGUCUGGACUUAGUUCUAGCCGGAAUGAUAUCGGAUAGACCUAGUUUUAUCCAACAAGGAAUGGCUGGACCUAGUUGUAGCCGGCAUGAUGAAGGCUAGACCUAGUUUUACCCGAAAACAAUCGGCUUGUACUAGGUGUAGGUGCACUUCGGGUAUUAGCCGUAACAUAUAGACUAUUCUGGGCGGCAUCCCACUUGCGUCAGACAUAGUACUGCGGGGCGAAACGCAAGAGGGAAACCACUGCCCUAUUUUUCCCUAAAAAGUAGCAUGGAAAAUGCUGCACCGACAAGAGCGUGGCUCUUAAAUUGAUGAUGUAUUAUAUUGUUGCCCUCUGUCACCCUUCAAUGGUAGCUUUAAGUAAAGAGGCGGGCCAGGCGCUCCGGUGGUUGACUGGAUAUCUCGAUUCCAAGCGACUGAUGUGGGUUGAUGAAUGGUUGAGAUUGAUUGUGGCGCGGAAUGUGAUGUGUUUUUAUAUUGAGAUUGGUAGCUUCAGUGGAGUCAAUGAAGGGUUUCACUUAUUUGCCAGAAGCAAGGCCAAUUUUGAUGGAUUUAUUUGCUUUUGUAAGACUAGUUUUCGCUAUAAUAACAUAUUCUGUCCAAAUUUCAAGCAGGGGUCAAAAAUGGUUCAAAAGAUACAACCUUUUAAAAGUAGAACUUUGAGACCCUCUGACGGACAAAAGCGGUUUAGAUGUGCUAAUUUAAAGCAGUCUCUCAGAACCAGAUAAGUAUUUUUUUAAAAAAAUUUCGUUUGGACAAAAAAAAACUUGUUUUUAUAUAAGUAAUCCAAAUAUUUACUUACGCGGGUUACGCCACACAAAAUGUUUAUGAUUUUAAAUCAUAUAAAAACUACCCCUACAAAAGAAAAAAAACAUCAAAACGGGACCUGUCUUGGCAAAUAAGAAGUUAGGAAGCUCUUGCUUCAUUGAUUCGACUACAUCAAGAGAGGCAAACUGCCAGUGAAUGCAUGGUAUCGAAAAAUGAAUGUAAAUUCUCAGUAAGAGAUGAGAUAAGCAAUAAGUUGUGAUAAGUUCGCAAAGAGACACCGUGAGUGCAUUCAGUUUAUAUAACUACCUCUAUCUAUAAGUAUUCUACCGUACAUUUACAAUUUUUUACCCUAUUUAGCGUUCACCAAAAACGUUUAGUAUUAUUUUUGUAUUAACAAUUAAUAUUUUUUUAUAAUUUGUCAGAAUUCGUCUUUUUUAUAAUGUUAGAACUACGUAUUAAGUAUAUUUUAUAUGCAUUUAUUUUUGAAAUAAUCCGCCUUCAGCCCAGUAACAAAAUGAUUCGUUGAUAAUAUUUCAACCAACUUUAAUUUAAUGUAUUGUCAAUGUUGUAUGAAGUUGAAUGUUUAUUUUGUCAGGUUUAUAUAUAAAACCCUAAUAUACUGUGUAUGAGACAUAUAUGUAGAUAAAUGUUCUGCUUUGCAAUAAUGUACUUAAGUAUCAGUUAUGAACUUCGAAGGUGGACAUAGUAGACGUAGCAAUCUUUACUUUUGUUGGCACACCCAGUAACAUCGAUCAGCUAAUCUAUAUCCAAACAUUUAGGUAACAGGUCUGUAUUUCCCUCCCUGAUAUUAUCGGACAGGGUAUGGCAGUGUAUCGAAAUGUUCUUUAUCAGUGUCAAAUAGUUUAGCGGUUAGCUGACCGUUGUAUGAAACAAGCUAUAGCCUGACCAGGCUUACAAAAAACCUCGUAACGUUACAUGGAACUAAUUUCUUCCGUCAUUCUUAAAAUAGUAUCGUUAUUUAAGUGUGUAGUUGCCCAAGCGCGGCCUUUAAAAAAAUGUUUGGAUCAAUACUAUACAUAUUGUGGUGUCCCUUAUCUUGGCACUGCCACCAUAUCGGAUCGGGAUUCCGACUACACAGAAAAAAUUUCGAAAAUUUGUCGCCGAAUACCAGAAUUUGUUAGUCUACCGUUACAAAGUUACAAGCAGUUACAAUUUUGGUGGCCGUGGUGGGAUAAGCCUUUCCCCAGCAUCACUUUUCACCAACAAACUGUCUAUAAUUUGUCGAAAUUUUUCAAUUUUUUUUCGGUGACAUCAUCCCUUCGCUAACUGCUGUAGUUAUCCAGAUACAAAGAAAGUAACUUUGAACGGUGUGUCGAGGAGUUCAAAUUAUAGUAGUUCGGUCAACAAAUGCCCCAAAGGGGGUUGUAAAGUGCGCGAGAAGGAUCCUGAGGUUUUUCUUCAGAAAUGUAU